AUGUACUUCGCAGUGCCCGCUUACCUCCAGCGCGAGGAACCCGCCACGAAGCGCAACAAGCGGCCCGCGUCGCCUGCCUCAAGCCGCACUGCCUGCCCCAAGAAGCAGAGACGCGAGCGCUCCUACCAGGAGUGGUUCAGUGAGGUGAAGGAGAAGUUCGGCGGUGGCGAGAACCAGCGCGGCUGCUCUAAGGACACGCGGGCCAAGCGGAAGCUGCAGCUGGUGGGCGUGCCCCUGCUCCGGCGGCGUCAGGUGCGGGAGAUGAUCGGUCCCGUGCAACGGCCUCUGGCCGAGGGAAGCUACGGCUCUUGUUUCAAGACCGUGAGCCCGCGCACGCAGGAAGAACUGGUCAUCAAGACCUUUAGCCGAGACAAGCUGCCGGAGCUCGUAGAGGAGGCCACCAGCCUCAGCAAGCUGCAGCUUCCCGGCGUGCAGCGUCUGGUGGGAGUCUGCGUUGAAACCCGCCAGCUGAUUACUCCCUUCGCCGGCGUGACGCUCAAGGACUACAUGCUGCGCAAGGCGCCCUCGUUUGCUGACGCCGUCAGCGUGCACCUGCAGAUGUGCCGCACAUUGCAGCGAAUGCACCGGCAGGGCUACACGCACAAUGACAUCAAGGCGGACAACGUGUGCGUGUCCACCCAGAGCGGCGAGCCUGUGGCCACCAUGAUCGACGUGGGCCUGGCGAGGCCUGUGGGCACAAAGGGACUCUUCAGCCAGGCGAUCCCAGACACGGACAAGUUCCCCUGGAUCGCGCCAGAGAUCCUGAAGAAAACCCACCGCUGCUGCGAGGCGAGCGACGCCUUCGGCCUGGCCUACCUACUGCAGGGACUAGGCCUCCUGUCGUGCCCCAGCAGCUGCCGCCGCGCCAGGUCCGUCCUUCUCAAGUGGGUGGUGCAGGCUCGCCGCCGCGACCCCGCCGAGCGGCCCCCUCUGGUGGCGGUGAUCCAGAUGCUGCGUGCACUGCACCGCGAGGCCGCCGCCACGCGCCCUGCCGGCAGCCGCUGA